UUAAUAUUAUAAUUUUAUUAAAAAAUAUAAGCUUCUUGGACAUUAAUCUGCUGCCUAUAUAUAUAUGUAUAUCACCCUAUAUCUUGAGCAGCAUCAGGAACAAGCCGGAUCUGGAACCAUUUGAAAGAGUACAACAACAUCGACAUGGGUCGUAACUUAAAGAAUGCAGUGAUUUCAUUACUCACUCCCCUUCCUUCCAUACUCUUCUAUCUAUCAUUUCUUGAUCACUAUCAUCUAUCUCAUACUACUCAACCUCUGUGGUCAUGGUGCUAUUACCACCCUCUUCUUGUAGCCAAUAUUUUCUUCUUCUUCAACGUCAAUGUUCUCUUCUGGGUCAUCAGUCACAUCCAGAAUAGCCAUUGGAUGAUCGAUUUGUAUUGGACUGUCAUACCAGUAAUGUUAGUUCAUUACUUCGCAACACAUCCGUUGGGGCAGUAUAAUCACUGGAGGUCAAUAAUAGUGAUAAUAUUGACAUGGGUGUGGAGUGUGAGGCUGACGCAUAACUACUUCAGGCGUGAAAAGUGGCAGUGGGGUGCCAGGGAAGACUGGCGGUUCACGGAUAUGCGCGCUCAGUAUGGCAAACACUGGUGGUGGGUUUCCUUUUUCGCUGUCUACUUCUCUCAACAGGUAUUUCUGAUUGGAGUGUGCUUGCCAUUGUAUGUUGUGCACUCGGUUGAUAAGCCGUUGAAUAUAUGGGAUUUUGUUGCUGCCGUGGUCUGUUUGUGUGGUAUCGUUAUUGCUUACUUUGCUGACACACAGCUCCAUCAAUUUGUAACUAGAAAUAACAAGCUGAAAGAGCUUGGAAAGCCCAUAGUUCUUAAUCUUGACAGGGGACUGUGGUGCUAUUCAAGGCAUCCAAAUUACUUCGGGGAGCAGUUAUGGUGGUGGGGACUGGUUAUAUUUGCAUGGAACCUCGGUCAUGGAUGGACAUUUGUUGGUGCACUCAUCAAUAGCUUGUGCUUGGCAUAUGUGACAAUACUUGUUGAAGAGCGGAUGUUAAAACAAGAGCACAGAGCUGAAGCUUAUAGGCUGUAUCAGAAGACAACAUCAGUUUGGAUACCUUGGUUUAACUCAUCCGCCAUGGCACAGAAACAUAAGUGUACUUGACUUGAUUCCUGGUUUUGAACUUCUAUAUGUCCUUGUUUAUGUACUUUGCUAUUUAUUUGAUCGAAGUUUAUUUUGUGUGUAAUCAAUUAGGAAAGUGCAUGAAAUUCAAUAAAAAUUUUCUUAGUCUGAUAAGUAGUGUCUUUAAUUUAUAUGUACUGUACUGUAAAAUGUCUUAUAAUAGUGGAAUCGUGAAAGUUCAGUGGGA